UUCAUAAGUAAGAAAAUUAAUCUUUUAUAAUGAAAAAACUUUAUAAUCUUAAAUUCUGAUGAAAGCAAUAAGACGGUUAUAUGUUUAGAUAAUAAGUUUAAAGAAAAUUAUACGGUUUUUAGUUAUCAGUUAAUAUCCUGUUCCCGCGUGUUAGUUUUAAUUUAGUGUAAUUAAUUGUAUACCAGUGUUUGAUUUGACCAAACGAUAUAGGACGAUCAUAAAGAUAAAUUACUUGGAUUUUUUAAUUUUCAAUACUGAGCUAGAAUAUUGUUAAGAAAUUUGUUCCUAUUCAGUCCCUUCCCCCAAACAUUAUUAAUUUUAAACCUUUAUAUCAAUCAGAUUACAGUAAUUGAAGAAAUAUUUGCAUUUGAUCUUCAUUAAGAGUAUUACUUCAAAUCUUUGCGAACCAUUAUGUCGUUUGAUAAAAUGUCAACUGAUGAAAUCAUAAAAAAGCCAUUUAUGAAACCGGAUCUUGUCCCUCAACCCCAUUUCAUUCCUGGAUAUACAGGAUUUUGUCCAGAAUUGCCUUUGAAUGUAGGGGCCAGUUACGGACGGAUAACGCAUGAAGUACUUAAAGACAAACCCCGGAUGGCAGGAAGAUUGGAUCCUAUAGAUGCUGAGGUAGCCCAUCCUACCAAAAAACAAGAAAAGGUUGAAAAGAAAAUGGAGGAAGAUAAAAAAAUCAUCAACAACCGGUUUCCUUCUAUAGGACGUCGUAUACUCAAUGAUUACAUGAUGCCAGGUUACUGUGGUCAUGUGCCAAAUAUCACUGACGCAGUUGGGACGAGUUUUUCUAAAGGAUGUGUUACAUCUAUUGCAAAGUUUAUUCGUGAACAAGCUGACGAGAAGCAAGAAAGGCCAAAAUAUAACUACUAAAAUCCAACUGGUAUGUGACCACAGCUAGUGGAACAUGAAAGAAACUGGAUAUACAAUGUAAAAUGUAGUUAAAAUAUCCUCAAGGAUUGGGAAUCAUCGACCAGUGUACUUCGAAGACUUAAAUAUUUCGAAAGAAGAAUUUUAAACGUAAUACAUGAAUAAUCAAAGAAAUUUAUCCAUACCUAGCUAGAAGACGACGUCCCAUUUCAUAUGUAAUGAUCAAAAAAUAAAAAAUAACUAAUA